AUGAUGGAAAGAAAGGUUCGCCUGAAGUCUGUGAACCCCUUCAUAACCUGCUACAUCUGCAAGGGAUAUUUAGUAGAUGCAACUACCAUUACAGAAUGCCUGCAUACAUUUUGCAAGAGUUGCAUUGUCAAGUACUUGGAGGAGAAAAACACUUGUCCAAAGUGUGGUAUUGAAAUUCACCAAAGUUAUCCACUUAAUUAUGUUAGUUUUGAUAGGACAAUGCAAGAUAUUGUUUACAAGCUGGUUCCAAAUUUGCAAGAAAAGGAAAAUGAGCGAAUGAAAGAGUUCUAUAAAAAGAGGGGUUUACCAGUACCUUCUAACAUUGUGAAUGAUGAAAACAGCAAUGAGUGCAAUAAGAAUGUCAGCCAGGACCAUCCCGACGAUGGUGAUCACCAUCGCAGUGAUGAACAGGUGAACAUCUGCCUGGAGUGUCGGGCCCCAAAUUUAAAGAACUUGAAGCGGAGAUACUUACGAAUCUCCUCACAAGCUACUAUCACACACUUGAAGAAGUUUGUGGCUCUCAAAUUGUAUAAUAACAUAAAUAGGUUCAGAGAGGUGGAUAUUUUGUGCAAUGAGGAAAUUUUAGGCAAGGACCAUACCCUUAAAUUUGUUGCUGUUACCAGAUGGAGGUCAAAGGACACACCACUUCUGCUGCAUUAUAGGCAACAUGUUGCAGAUUUAUGA